CAGGCAACACACACUCAAAAAUUUAAUGUGAGUUCAGAGCUUGAUUUGGGGAAAACAGUUCUAGCAGUUCGAGCGUCAUGGACGAGGAACACGCCAAUCCGCCCGCCGAUCCGAGCAUCAAGCCCAGUGAAUAUUCGCAUGGUCGCUUCGUGAGCCGGAGCACCAUCACCCUGACGCACGGAAUGGACUCGACGAGGCUGCUCUACAUGGGCGACAACUUUCAGCAGACACGCAGCGACCAGGACAUUUUCUUCGACUGCCAGGGGCCAGCGGAGGACUCUCAAGAGGGACGCAGUGCCACCAGUCGCUGCAAGCUGGAAGACCCGGCUGCCAUUCGGGAGGCCCUGGAACGGGCGGCCAAUGCCACGCAGAUGCUGCUCAAGAACUUUGACAAGGCUGGGGGUUGGAACCAACCCUGUGCCGUCACCCUGGAACUGACCGCUCGAUUGGUGGACCCCAAGAAGGGUCGAGCCGGUUGUCCUCUCCACGGCAAACCAGUGACUGUCCAGAUGCCGCUGGAGUUCAAUCCGCAGGGUAACAAGAUGGUCAGCUGCCAGCAGAAGCAUCCGCCCGCCACCAGGCAACGCAAGGAGUCCAUCUGCCAGUGCCGAUCCCACCAGGCGAUGCGACCGCCGCCAAGGACACCCAAGCCCAGCACAGAAUGCCCGGCUCUGAUGUACAUGCAGCAUGAGCGACAUUCCGACAGCGACCCCAACUCCCGCCACCAACAGACCGACCAAUCCUACAUAAAAGACCACUAACCGUCGAAAGCCCCGCAGUCCCAGUUAUCCGAGUGCGAGGAUCCACAUGCCAAGCCUUCGCAGACGGAGGACUCCUUUUUGCGGAAACACCACACGCCCAAGUACCCGGCCCCAGCCGGACCGAAGGCCGAAACGAAACUGGAUGAAGGACCUACCUGUUCCUGCAAGCCCAAGCGGUCUAAGUCCGCCGAUCCACCACCGGUCAAGACCCAUGUAUGUGCGUGUCACAAAGGCAGUCCUUCCAGUGAAGUGGAGAAACCCAGUGAGAAGAAGCCAUGCUCCGUGAGAACAUCGGUGACUGAACAAAGUGCAGGAACAUCGUUCAAAAGUGCUCUAACAGCUUGCACCAAGGAUCUCCUUGAUCCCUGCACUUGUGGCUCCAAUCCACCUUACUGGGCGGGUCAAAGUAACCUGGUUUCCGGACCAUCCCACAGUAGGGCUCCCACAGUAGAAACCUCCUUUAAGAGCAACUUCACCUUCUCUCCCCUGCUGGACCGGGCAAACCAAGGGAAAGCACUCCCGAUCCAAGAGUCUGCCAGUCUUCCCGAAAGAUCUAGUCGGCACCAGAGCGGCGUAACUUGGUUGUCCGCUUUAAAAGAUCCAGAAACCGAGGGAUCCGCCCAGAAGGAGGAACGACCUCCGUGUACCUGUAAUGCCACCCAGACCAACAAGGAUUCCUCAAUGACUUUCCUUCCACCGAGCCAUCCCAACUACCGCAGCAUGACUUCCAGAUCGAAUGCUUCCAGUGCGAGAAACCCAUGUAGUCAGCCCUCCUUUGGAGUGGACGAUGAGACCUCGGCUACAACGAGAUCCCGGUCGAUUGUGGGCAAGAUCACCUGUCUGUGCGGUUCAGAGCAGCAGCCCGCCAAGGAUUUCGUGGCCAAUCUUGCCCAUCAGGAUUGCCCAGAGUGUGGAGAAGAGCGCAGCAUUCCGCCAUGUCCCUCCACCAGGAUACAACAUCCAUCUGGAUUCGCCCAGUUCAAGGAUUGCCAGUCAGCUCCAUGCCAACCCAGUGCCUCUACUCGUUCGAGAAAAGUAAGCCUGAAGGACCAGUGGAGAUUCUGUGACUGUGAUGAGUCCGAUGGGUCCUCCGACUUGUCCGAUCCCAUCCAGACCAGCCUCCACACCCACCGUCUCUCGGGCGGCAGUUGUCUGUGCAAUUACGACGAACCUCGCCAGGAUCCCGCCCAGUCGACGUGUGUGAGCAAGGAGUGCCAGUGCUAUCUGAAGAACGAUCUGGCAGAGAUGCAGAGUGCCCAGGAGGGCACGGGUUUCCAGACACCCGAGGAUCUCUGCGGAAACAAGAGCAUGGCCUGUUGCACGCGCAAGCAGCGCAUCCUCCAGUUGAUGGAGAAGCUCACCACUUCCGGAUGCGAAUGUGGGGAGUCCCGCUCCUGCCUGAUCCAACAGCUGUUCCGGGAAAUGACACUAUUGCUGAGAUCGGAAAGGGAGGAUGCAGUUGCUCCGGCAGAUGCCAAGGCCCCCUGUCUGACCUUCGAUGAGUGCUGGCGAACCAACAUGACCGCACUGGUGAGGAGAAGCCGGCGAGAAGCCCAUGUCCAAAAGGCAGGUCGACGAGUAGAGUGCUUCCAUCAGCUGGAGGAAUACCUGCGCAAGUGCUACUUGCCGCCGGGAGAGCCGGAGGUCCCAGACGAUAUCUACGCCUUUGAACUGGACCCGGACUUUCCACCCGAUGCAGAACCCCAAAAACCUAGUGGAGAUGGAACAAUCCAGCCUUGCUCGGAGAAGUUCUACGACCUGGGAAAUUCUUUAACCUGCUCAGGUGAUGGCCUAGAUGGCGAUGUCUUCCGUGACUGUGAGGAGGAAGAAGAGAUCAUAAUGCGACUGUAACGGAGAGAAUCAACCAAUGGAGAGCCAGAUCUUUGCCAAUCCCUCAAAGCCUUUAUCAACAAGGAAGUGCAAGAAAUUCUAGAGGAAGAGACCCAAAAGGAAGGCAACGACCUGGAACCAAAAACACCCAGCAUCAUACUCAAGGAAAUCUGUGAGGACCCACGAACCCUUGCCCCUGUAAGGGAGGAGAAACCCGAGCAGGUUGAGUGUCCUUUUGCCGGCAUGGUGUCCUGUCCUCCGUGGAUCAAAGAGGAGACGGACUGGGCGGCCUAUCCCUACAAUGUAGAGCCCUGUGCGCAGAAGGAACAUGUGCCCAGGGGUCCGCGCACUGGUCUUCUGCCCGAAGGACCUCUUCCACCCAAUGUGCGAAAUCUCUGCGAGCAGCUCCUUCGAACCCUCAAGGACUGUGGUAUAUGUGGUGGCACUCCUCUGCACUCCUGCGAAGAUGAAGAGUGCCCGCCCGAAUGCGAGCAAUGCCCAGAAGAGUGCCCGGAAGACUGCGAAGAAUGUGAGGAGGAGUGCCGGGCGGAGGCACCUGAACAGGGAUGCCUCUGCUGCCACUGUCGCGCCCUCAUCUGCGACGAAGAGUGCAAGACGGUUUCCAAAACCCUCCGAUCGGCCAUGUGCGAUCCACUCUGCGAAAUGAAAUACUUUAUAGACUCUAUGAUCAUAGAUAUGCAUGCCAUGGACUGUGUGCUGGGAAACAAACAGGCGAAGCCCAAGGACGUAAGGGCAAAUGAUGCAACCAAUAGGACUGGACCGGGGGAUAGUUUUCCGGCUACGAUUACGUGUGUUACCAGUUUGGGUUGCACCGCUCUCUAUGUCAGAUGGAAAGUGGAAGACUGCCGCGCUAUAGCAGGAUUCGAGGUGGAUUUACGUGGAUGGCAUUUGACCAAUAGAUUCUACAGUUUUCGUCACGAGGCGGGUGUAAUAACCAAUGUGAAUGUGACCAAUCCCCACCAGAUUGUGCUGCGUGCCCAGGCGGUGGGUCAGGAGUUCCCCGGCGAGGGUAGGGGCAAAGGCCCGGAAUGCGGCUGCCAGACGGUGGCGGUUGCCAAUCCGGAACUGAUGGCCGGAGCUGAGAGGCCGUGGACGCCCAGUGUCUUCUACUAUGAUCCCAACCAAUUGCCGCCGUCGGGAGGCGGUCAAAAGUGCUAGUCAAGAAUCAUAUAUCGAAUAUCGUCGGAUAUCAAUAUCACCGUUAUCGGAACAAAGGAGCAUUACGCUCCCUCACCUUUUAGCUUGUACAUAUAGCAUAUUUAUAUGUAGUGUUUGUUAAGAGUUGUUUUUUCUGAAGGAUACCAAGCGAAAUUAUCUGUACGUAGUGCUUUGCAUAGUGCCUUAAAUCGUAAUACUAGAUUUAAGCAGAGAUCAAUGCAUUGUAAAGGAAUUGAAAGCAGAUUAAUCCAUUCAGAUGGCACGUGUUAGUUGACAAAAACCAAAUUCACUUAAAUAAAUGAAUCUCAUUGUUAGAGAUGCAAAAAUGUUA